AUGUCGAGUGAAACGGCGGAGAAAUUCAAAGCUUUUAAGGCUGCUAUAUCCGAAUCUGCUGAAUCGCACCUUCGUGAGCUGUUUCCUCGGAAAACAUUGGAACUGGAGAAACUGUUAAGAGAAAUUUCGUCUACAGACUUCUCCUCAACUCAGACUGAAGAUGUUAUCCGUGGAGCUCAUAAAGCCAAGGAAAGUCAGAGCGUAACAGGAGUUAGCCUUCCUGCCAUUCGUCCUCCAUGCAAUGUAGCAGUAGUGAAGAUGAUGGAGAAAUUGAAGCCUGAACUGAUUGAUGUCCUUGAACAGCUGAAUGGUCUCAAGAUGUGGAUUAAUAUGAAUAUUCCCAAGACUCAGGAUGGUAACAAUUUUGGUGCAGCCAUUCAGUCAGAAACGUUCUCGGAGCUAGCACGGAUCGAAGGAGAUGUUGCAGCUCUUUACGAGAGCAUCCCAUGGUACUAUGCUAACAGGGCAAAGUUGAUCGCACGCUGUAUGAAAUACCCGCAAGUGGAGGACCACCUUCACACUGUUAGCGAGCUGGACAACAAGCAAAAAGAAGCCCUGUACAUGAUGUGUGCGGAGCUUCGGAAUAUCUACUGCUGUCUCAAUGACAUGGUACUGAAAAACCUGGACAAGUUGCAGAAACCUACAUCUACAGGACCGAACAUGAUGUACUGA